AUGCAUCUCACGUGUCUCAUCCCCACCCUACUAACCCUUACCUCCCUCGCAAAAUCCCACUCAUGGCUCCACUGUACCGCCCAUAACAACACCGGCAUCCUUGCCGACAUGAAAGCUGCCUCCCUCGAGGACCCCCCGCGCACAAUCGAUUCCCUCUCCACCUCCCCAAAAGAUCCAACCCCCAACUCCUCCCCCAAAACAAAGCGGCCCUGGUUCAGAAACCUCUAG